AUGGAUUUUAUUCCAUACAAACAAGCAAUUUUAAUUCAUACUCCUUCCCUUUUUGGAUUCUUUGGAGCUGUUUUUAUGCUUGUUUCACUCAGUGUUGAUAGAUUAUUAGCUGUUAUUAUACCUAUAACUUAUCGCAACCUAAAACAAUUUUAUUACAUCUCAUUACACGUUUUUAUUAUUUUACUUCACAUAAUUUAUGGAAUGUUCAUUAUGAAUAUGGCUAAAAUAUCAACACCAAAUUGGAUGAUUUCUGGUGGAUUAGGUGAUUUAUUUACUCCCCCAUUAUAUUUAAUGAAUAUAAUAUAUUAUUCUGAUGUUUGUUUAAUGUUUACUGCAAUUAUUAUUUAUAUAAUUGUUGGAAUUUUAAUUAAAUUUAAGACAGAAGUAAAAGAUGAAAGAAUUAAAAAAAUGUAUUUAUCUUUAUUUUUAAUUGUUUUGGUUAAUAUUGGGGGAUAUUUUAUUUGUAAUUUGUUUGUUGCUUUCCUUUUAUUAUCCAUUGUUCAAUUAACACCUUUAAAUAUCUGGAUUUUUAAUAAUAUUUUUGCUAUUUUUCUCAAUAUUGCUGCUGCUUCUAUUGGCCCUAUUCUAUAUUUUAAUAGUGGUGAAUAUAGAAUUGCAUUUAAACGAGCAUUUGUUGAUGUUAAAAAAUUAUUAAAAUUAAAUAAAUCGGGUGUCUCGACAAUAAAUGCAGUAAUUGUUAAUAAUCAAAAAGAAAUGAAGAUUACUCCAGUCAGUAAAUAA